UGGGGAAGGGAGAUUAGGGGGUGAUGUGUGUGUGUGUGUGUGUGUGUGUGUGUGUGUGUGUGUGCCAAGGGGGUUGUGAAAGAAUGGGAUCAGAUCCCAACAGGGGAGGUGGGGAAGGGAGACGAGGGGGAGAGACAAAUCUUCAAGUGUAGUGUCAUGAGUGUGCAGUCUUUCCUUUUGGGGAAAGAAAAAAAUCAGAAGAUAGAAAUGAGAAAGAGAUUCUAAGAAUGUAUUCCAUUGUCUUCCAAGGCAGUUUUUUCUUCAACUUUCUUGAUCUCAUCAGAAAGAGGGAAAGGAAGGAGAUUGAUUUAUUUAUAUUUUAUUUUUUUAAUUCAUGGCAGCUGCUCUCUUAUACCAUGAGGAUGUGUAGAAACAUUGUGCAAAUUUAUAUUUCUUCGAUACAAUUCUUGUUGGCCUUUUCAUGUCCACAGAGUAACCUCUUUGAUUUAGUACCUUAUGGUCUUUUAAAUUGUUUAGUUGAGAAUAAAGAUACUGCAAUGAUGCAGGUUCAAGUCCAACACAGAAACAUGCAUCCAAAGUCUGAGUCAAGGCUAGGCAUUAGAAAUAGGGCUGUAGGGCCCCAGAGUCCGUCAGAAUGACCCUCAAUCUUACAGAAUAUGGUCUUAGUCCGUGUCACAGUCAGUCACAGUUCUUUGGAAUGAAGACCCCAACAAAGGCUGGGGUAGAACCAGAGGAGGAAAUUUUAAGGUUCGUAGCUCUUGACCUAGCAAAGUUCAGGGGUCAACAGUUGGUUUUAGAGGGGUCAACAGUUGGUUCUAGAGGGGUCAACAGGUGGUUCUAGAGAGGUCAACAGGUGGUCCUACAGACUCUCAUAAGUCUCUUGAACGGAUAUGAAAUCCGUACAGACAUGACUAGGGGUCGUAACCCUUGGUCAGGUCAAAGUUCUAGGGUCAAAAAGUGACUUUCCUGACUCUGAAGAGGCAUCAAAAUGUCCCUUGGUGACUGGGUAUUGGGUCAAGGGUAAAAAAACGCGGCACCUCAUGCCUCCAGCGUCACAGGUGGACUCUUGGAAAGUCAACAGUCAAGCCCUACCCGGCACAGAAAUCAAAGAGGCAAAGAUGUCCCAGGAGUCAACCAUGGCCACAGAUCUCACACAAAUCCAAAGCCUGGCUCAGUACAAUUUCCAGAAGGCUUUGCGAGCAAAUCUGGGCCUCACAGAUUGGGAAAUGUCAAUCCUUCAAGGAUGCAAAACUGGAGCCGGGCCAGGACGAGAAACCACUAUAAAAGAGUGGUCUUCCCUGGCCCAUGGAUUCAUUCCGUCUUGCGCUGCUACAUUGCAUGCACCACAGUGCGCAGCUACAGUGCAUGUGUACAGUUCGCUGCUACAGGAGCCGCUGUAGUGAGUGCGAGAGAAGGCAGUCGGAGAGAGUGAGAGGUUGUCAUAGCCAGAGUGACAGAGAGUGGUCGCCAUAGCCUGUUGAAGGUCCUGAUGCACCACAGCUACAAGAGAGAAAAGAGGGGAGAUCUGAGGUAGAAUGUAAGGCUUGAGGAGAACAGGAAGCUUAGCUGGAGAGAUUGCCAACUCGGGUGUUCAGCCAUAGCUGCUGCAGAGAAGACCAGUGGUUGCAUGUGCCCCACAUUCUUCAUCUCACAAUCAGAGGUGGGGUUAUGGACAAGAGCUUGCAUGACACCGUAAAGAGGAGGGUCAGGGGUGGAGAUAAGGAGGAGGAGGUAACCAUUUCACAGGGGUUGGCAAGAAGGUGUAAGAAGCUUACCCGUUGACUGGCGGCCAUCGCUACCUGAGGAAGAAGACUUCAAGAGGAGGGGGACCACCGUUUAUCAUCCGGUACUUCCUCUCGUUGGUGCUUGUGCUAUACAGAGAGUGUGGCACUUGUGCUAGUGAGGUCAGGGAAUGAUAGAGAAGGUCACCAUAGCUUCAGUGAGGCAGUGUGGUCGUGAUUGGGAGGAAGAAGACUCCAUGCUGCCGCAGAACAUCGACAUUGUCAUUUCAAGUUCCAGCUUCAUUGUGCUAGCCUGGGAUAGCCAGCGUAGUGGAGAGGUUGACUUGGCAAGUGUCAUUGUGUCCAGACUGGUGGUCAACGAGUCAAAAGACACAAGCCGUUGGGUGCAUUGAGGUGGUGAGAAUUGUUCCCGUGGAAGAAGAGGGAGAAGCAGUUUGAACGU